AUGAUUCAUUUCUUCACCGAAUAUGGAGAGGCGAACCUGUACGAGAUCCAAGAGGUUAUCGGCAGGGGAAGCUAUGGUGUCGUUGCGGCAGCUGUCGAUACCCAUACGGGCCGAAGAGUGGCCAUUAAGAAGAUCACAAACAUUUUCGAGCACGUGUUGGAGGCCACCCGCAUUCUUCGGGAGAUAAAGAUCCUCCGCCUGCUCACCCACCGCGAUAUCGUGGAGAUCAAGCAUAUCAUGCUGCCUCCAUGCAAGAGAGAGUUUAAGGACAUAUACGUCGUGUUUGAGCUCAUGGAGACCGACCUGCAUCACGUCAUUCAGACCAAUCGUGACUUGACGCCUGGACAUCAUCAGUUCUUUCUCUAUCAGUUGCUUCGUGGUUUGAAGUACAUGCACUCAGCGAAUGUUUUGCAUCGGGAUUUGAAGCCUAAGAACAUUCUUGCGAAUGCCGAUUGCAAGUUGAAGAUUUGUGAUUUCGGUCUGGCUCGUCCGUCGUUUAGUGAUGCCUCGUCUGUUGUUUUUUGGACUGAUUAUGUGGCCACUCGGUGGUAUCGUGCUCCUGAGCUUUGCGGUUCCUUCUUUUCAAGAUAUACACCUGCAAUUGAUAUCUGGAGCAUAGGGUGCAUAUUUGCAGAGAUACUUACCGGCAAACCAUUAUUUCCCGGCAAAAACGCAAUUCAUCAAUUGGAGCUCAUAACCGAUCUUCUUGGUUCGCCUACUUCCGAAACUAUUUCAAGGAUUCGAAACGAAAAAGCAAGAAGAUUUUUGAGUAGCAUGAGAACAAAAAUGCCGAUACCUCUGUCUCAAAAGUUCCCAAAUAUCGACCCAAAGGCCAUCCGUUUGCUCGAGCGUCUACUUGCUUUCGACCCUAAACACCGUCCUUCGGCUGAAGAAGCACUGGCUGAUCCAUACUUUUACGGGCUGGCUAAUAUAAAGGACGAGCCCUCGACCCAACAGAUUUCGAAAUUCGAUUUCUUGUUCGAUAAGAAGAAGUUAACUAAAGAUGACAUGAGGGAACUCAUAUACAGAGAGAUAUUGGAGUAUCAUCCACGGAUGCGCGAGGAGUACCUCUGCGGCGCGGACCAGGCUCACUUUAUGUACCCAAGUGGACUCGACCAUUUUAAGCAACAAUUUGUCCACCUACAAGAAUACGACGAUCGAAAUCCUUGGCUCAGGCGCUAUUUCUCAUUGCCAAGAGAACGCGUUUGUUCCUCUAUAGACGAGGAUUCGAACGAACGCAAUAAAGAUCAAAAAACGAUUGAUAUUCGGCGCCCAAGCCUUAUUCCGUAUCCCAAGAAGCAAUCAGAUUUUGGUUGCCCUCCACUGGUUGACCCUCCUGACGUAUCUGAUGUUGGCGUAAGAGCAGUACCCGAAGACAGUAACAUUUCGCGCUGUGUGACCAACGAGUUGGGGGAAUGCGGCCAGCCGGGCGGGGGGGUCAGAUCCUAUUGGCCUCGUCUGCCAUGCUACGUUCAUCUCUUAUGUGAGCCCACGACGGCUGUCAUGGUGUCGACGGUCCGUAAUGCCUACUAG